CGCACGGCGCAGCUUCCCUGCGGUUUCUGCAGGCCGGGAGGCCGGGCGUGGGCCGCAGCCGGGAGGCACAGAGCGCCGGGUCCAGGGCAUGAGCCCGAACUGAGUCUGGAGCUCCCUGCGGGGCAGAGACUUGGGCAAGUCAGCAGGUUCGGGUCAAACAGCGGAUGAAAGUCUGGGUUCGGCACGCGCGGAGAGGGAGAGGAGGAGAGGGGGAGUCGGAGCACAGUUUCAAAGUCGGUUGCCAGAAAUACGUUGGUGUGCGGGUUGUCGCAGGCUGGAGGAGGGCAGGGUCUACGGGAAGACGGGAAGAGCAGGAAGGGCACCAGCUGGAGCAAGGUGGGAACAGACUUGAAGAAGGCAGGAAGGAGCUGGAGCAAAGUACUGCAGGGUUGUUCCACAGGUGCUCCUUGCGAGUGCCCCCAGGGGCGCUCCUGGUUGUGCGAGCACUUCCAGAGUCGUUCAGGCCCGGAUCCUGACGCAGGCUGAGCUUUGGGGCUUUGCAGGCUUUCCAUACAAAACAUGCCCGGCUGGCUGGCCCCCGUUUGACCAGCACAGGACCGAGGAGAGGCAGCUUCAAGGCCACGAACCGACACCCCGGAUGUCCUCCAACAGGUUCAUACAAGCUAAGGAAGCCACAGGGCAGGGGCUUUUCAGGAUCACCCACAAAGUUUUAAGGGACCCAUUUCUCUGAAGCAGCAGAAUCAACAGUGGAUCAAAUGCUGUGAGGAAGUAAGAGACAGCAGUCGUGAUGCAGAAGUUUUCUGAGUCUGCUUUUUAAAGCCGGGGUGGGUGCAAUUGACGUCCUUCACCUGCUGCUGAAAUUGCAUCAGAGGAGUGCCCUGAAGAAGCAUUUCGAGGGCAGGCUCCCCAAACAGACAAGCCCCCGGGCAGAAAAAUAAAAAGCCCCGAGGCUGUAGGACAUGGACAGAAAAGGCUCUGGAUGGGCAAAUGUAGAGCCCUGCUUUUUAGGCAGGGAAAGGGCCUUCAGCUCUGCUGGAAUUGUGGGCGCCUUUUCUGCCCAAACUUCUGUAGGGCUGGAUUUGGGAUGCUGCCAGGAAAGCGGCAGAGUCCGGGGCAUGGCUGCUCACCAGCUGGGCAGGCAAACCAGUUUCCAAGACUCUGUUCCAUAAACAACCCCCACACCCCAAAGAAAGUGCGCGAGAAAUACAUCGGCAAGUACAAGCAGUGGCGGCCUCCUAAAUUAGGCUGGGCUAAUCCCAGGUCUUUGAGCCAAUUAAUACAUUGAUUGCAUUCAUAGAGUUGCCAGCUACCUAAAUGUCAACACUGGUGCCUUUUUGACAAAUUUUGGAAAGCUUGGAAUUGAUGCUUGAUUAUUCAAACCGAAGCUAAUGUCUGGUGAAGGACAAGCUUUUAACACCUGCCCCAUUUUCAAUUACUGAUUACAAUUGCACACCAGACCAAGUCAGCCUUUCAAGAAAUCCUGUUGCCUUUUGCUUUAAGCCCUAUUGAUCAAAAUCGAUUCCCACCGAUUAAUCCAUAUGCGUGUGUGCCUGCCCCGUGUGGUACAGUGGAUGGGCUGUUGGACUGGGGGUCCAGAGACUGGGGUUCAAAAGGAACCCCUUUUGGUGACAAAGCCCCCCGGGUGACUUUGGACAGGUCACGGCCUCUCGGCCUGACCUACGCCUCAGGGUCGUCGUGAGGAUCAAAUGGCGAGGAGGAGAAUCUUGCCAGGCACUUCACGGUCCUUGCGAGAGCAAGAGAGCCGCGGUGUCAUGCAGUGCACUUAGAAUAUGCAUGCGAGCGUGCAGGCAAGGGCUGCAAAGGUUGAAUGCAUCACCGAUGGCUUUGGCGGGCUGAUCUACCAGCGUUAAGGUUUGCACAGCAGAAAAGAGCUUUGGAUCUGAGCCUGGCUGGGCGUCUUCCUGCGGUCCCGCGUUGCAUUUGGGGUCAGCCCUGCACAUUCAAAGCCUCCGACCGGGAGCCUUCGGUUUGCACCAUGCAGGUACUUCCGAUCGGCCGCCCUUGCGCCGCCCCACCAGCCGUGCGGCGCUCUCGGAUCUCGCCCCUCUUCCCCUGUGGAACCGACGCGCCGAGUCCCGCGCGGCUCGAGCCAUGGGCUGCUGGCUAGCGCGGGCGCCCCCUGCUGGCCGCGGAGUGUCACCGCCUCCCCGUGACCGGCCGCGUUCGUGUAAGGGGAGUUACAUAAGCAAGCAUCUGAAGGUCAAAGAAAUGCUGGGGAGGCAGGGAGAAAUGGGGAGGGGAAGCGCUGAGGCAGGAGGGGUGGCGGAGGAUGGAGAAUGACAAGCUUGCGGGGCCGAGAGGGCAAGCUGUCUGUUUGCAGGACCGGACUGGCCUUCGCACACAGACACACACACACACCCUCCUCCUCUCAAUCUCGUUUGCACUUUCCACUUUUGAGCCAUUUUCGUAGAGGACGGAGGGGUCCGAGCACGCUUGCAUAAACAUGAAAGCGCCUCGCUUUUCUGGGCUCCCAGUGCAGCCUCUCUGCCAAAGCUGUUUUUUCUGAGCAGAAGGGCUUCACGCCCCUGUACAUGGCCGCGCAGGAGAAUCACCUGGAAGUGGUCAAGUUCCUCCUGGAGAACGGUGCCAACCAGAAUGUGGCCACGGAAGACGGCUUCACGCCCCUCGCGGUGGCUCUUCAGCAAGGCCACGAAAACGUGGUGGCCCACCUGAUCAACUAUGGCACCAAAGGGAAGGUGCGCCUCCCGGCCCUGCACAUAGCCGCUCGCAACGACGACACCCGGACUGCGGCCGUCCUGCUGCAGAACGACCCGAACGCCGACGUCCUUUCCAAGACUGGCUUCACCCCCCUGCACAUCGCCGCUCACUAUGAGAACCUCAACGUGGCCCAGUUGCUGCUGAACCGUGGAGCGAGCGUCAACUUCACUCCCCAGAACGGCAUCACACCGCUUCACAUCGCCUCCCGCCGGGGCAACAUCAUCAUGGUGCGACUGCUCCUUGACCGGGGGGCCCACAUCGAGACCCGCACCAAGGACGAGCUGACGCCCUUGCACUGUGCUGCCAGGAACGGGCACGUGAGGAUCGCCGAGAUCUUGCUGGAUCACGGUGCUCCCAUCCAGGCGAAGACCAAGAACGGCCUCUCGCCCAUCCACAUGGCCUCGCAGGGGGACCACUUGGACUGCGUGCGGCUGCUGCUCCAGUACAACGCCGACAUCGACGACAUCACCCUGGACCACCUCACGCCGCUGCACGUGGCCGCCCACUGCGGCCACCACCGGGUCGCCAAGAUCCUGCUGGAGAAGGGGGCGAAGCCCAACGCGCGGGCACUGAACGGCUUCACCCCUCUUCACAUUGCCUGCAAGAAGAACCACAUCCGAGUGAUGGAGCUGCUCCUCAAGACGGGGGCCUCCAUCGAUGCCGUGACAGAGUCUGGCCUGACCCCGCUCCACGUGGCCUCUUUCAUGGGCAACCUUCCCAUCGUCAAGAUCCUGCUGCAGCGUGGGGCGUCCCCCAACGUUUCCAAUGUGAAGGUGGAGACGCCGUUGCAUAUGGCAGCUCGUGCUGGGCACUCGGAAGUGGCUAAAUACCUGCUCCAGAACAAGGCCAAGGUCAAUGCCAAGGCGAAGGAUGACCAAACCCCUCUGCACUGUGCCGCUCGCCUCGGGCACUGCACCGUGGUGAAGCUUCUCCUGGAAGCCGGCGCGGAUCCGAACCUGUCCACCACAGCCGGGCACACGCCGCUGCACCUCGCAGCCCGUGAAGGCCACCUGGACUGCGCCCGCGCCCUCCUGGACGAGGGGGCCUCCCAGACUGUCAUGACCAAGAAAGGAUUUACCCCUCUGCACGUUGCAUCCAAAUACGGGAAAGUGGACGUGGCGGAAGUCUUGCUGGACCGCGACGCCCAGCCCAACGCCGCGGGGAAGAACGGCCUCACGCCCCUCCACGUCGCCGUGUACCACAACAACCUGGACAUCGUCAGAAUGCUUCUGCCCAGGGGGGCCUCCACACACAGCACAGCCUGGAACGGGUACACCCCGCUGCACAUCGCCGCCCGGCAGAACCAGAUGGAGGUGGCCAGCAGCCUGCUGCAGUACGGCGCGUCCGCCAACGCCGAGUCCACGCAGGGGGUCACCCCGCUGCACCUGGCGGCCCAGGAGGGCCACGCCGAGAUGGCGCUGCUGCUCCUCUCCAAGCAGGCCAACAGCAACUUCGGCAACAAGAGUGGCCUCACUCCGCUCCACCUGGUGGCUCAGGAGGGACACAUCCCCGUGGCAGAUGUUCUGCUCAGGCACGGGGCCCGUGUGGAUGCGACGACGCGGAUGGGUUAUACCCCGUUACACGUGGCUUGUCAUUACGGGAAUGUCAAGCUGGUGAAGUUCCUGCUGCAACAUCAGGCAGAUGUCAAUUCCAAGACCAAGCUGGGUUACACUCCUCUGCACCAAGCCGCCCAGCAGGGCCACACCGACAUCGUCACACUCCUGCUCAAGCAUGGCGCCUCUCCCAACGAAGUCAGUUCGAACGGGGCCACCCCUCUGGCCAUUGCCAAGCGGCUGGGCUACAUCUCUGUUACGGAUGUCCUGAAAAUCGUCACCGAGGAGACCAGCUCCCUGCCGUUCGGCGACAAGCACCGCAUGAGUUUCCCAGAGACCGUGGACGAAAUCCUGGAUGUUUCUGAGGAUGAAGGCACUGCUCAUGUACCUCUCCCGGGAGAGGAGCCGCCUGGGCCCAAGGCACCUAAGCAGGAUUUGCAGUAUCAGGAAGAUGAGAGAGAAAUUGUGGAAUUUGUCCCCAAACUGGACCACACAAGGGAAGAGUCGCCCGCUAUUCCGCGGAUCCCCUGCGUCACACCGGAGACGGUGCUGAUCAGGCCAGAGGAGCCGGAGCAGCCUUCCAAGGAAUUUGACGAGGAGUCCCUCAUCCCAAGCAGCCCGGCCACAGAGACGUCGGACAACAUCAGCCCAGUGGCCAGUCCUGUCCACACGGGGUUCCUGGUGAGCUUCAUGGUGGAUGCCCGCGGAGGAUCCAUGCGGGGCAGCCGGCACAACGGUCUCCGCGUCAUCAUUCCUCCCCGGACGUGCGCGGCGCCCACGCGAAUCACCUGCCGCCUGUUCAAGCCCCAGAAGCUGCAGACGCCGCCGCCGCUGGCCGAGGAAGAAGGGCUGGCCAGCAGGGUGAUCGCGCUGGGCCCAAUGGGGGCCCAGUUCCUCAGCCCCGUGAUUGUGGAAAUCCCUCACAUUGCCUCGCACGGGCGUGGCGACCGGGAACUGGUGGUCCUGCGGAGCGAGAACGGGACUGUGUGGAAGGAGCACCGCAGCCGCCAGGGGGAGAGUGCCCUGGACCAGGUCCUCAACGGGAUGGACGAAGAGCUGGAGAGCCUGGAAGAGCUGGAGAAGAAGAGGAUUUGCCGGAUCAUCACCAUGGACUUCCCCCUCUACUUCGUGGUCAUGUCCCGCGUGUGCCAGGACUAUGAGCUGAUUGGCCCAGAGGGCGGCUCCCUGCAGAGCUCGCUGGUGUCCCACGUCCAGGCCACGUUCCCGGAAACCGCCGUCACCAAGAAGGUCAAGCUAGCCCUGCAGGCGCAGCCUGUGCCGGAUGAGCUGGUGACGAAGCUGCUGGGCAACCAGGCCACGUUCAGCCCCAUCGUGACGGUGGAGCCGCGCCGCCGGAAGUUCCACCGGCCCAUUGGGCUGCGCAUCCCCUUGCCCCCGUCGUGGAGGGAGAACCCCCGGGACAGCGGCGAGGGGGACACGACCAGCCUGAGGCUGCUCUGCAGCGUCAUAGGGGGCACAGCGCCGGCCCAGUGGGAAGACAUCACCGGGACCACAAAACUCGUCUACGCCAACGAGUGUGCAAACUUCACCACCAACGUAUCGGCCAGGUUCUGGCUGGCGGAUUGCCCACGCACGGCCGAGGCCGUCCACUUCGCCACCCUGCUCUACAAGGAGCUGGCGGCCGUGCCCUACAUGGCCAAGUUCGUGGUGUUCGCCAAGAUGAACGACGGGCGGGAGGGCCGCCUGCGCUGCUACUGCAUGACCGACGACAAGGUGGACAAGACCCUGGAGCAGCACGAGAACUUCACGGAGGUGGCGCGGAGCCGCGACAUCGAGGUGAUCGAAGGGAUGCCACUGCACACGGAACUCUCCGGGAACCUCGUCCCCAUCAAGAAGGCCGCCCAGCAGCGUAGCUUCCAGUUCCAGGCCUUCCGGGAGAACCGGCUCAUCAUCCCCGUCAAGGUCCGGGAGAGCAGCCGGGAACCAAGUGGCUCCUUGUCCUUCCUGCGGAAGCCUAUGAAGUAUGAAGAGCUGCAGCACAUGCUGUGCCACCUGAAUGUCACCAUGCCCCCCUGCUCCCAGAGUUCCGGCAGCGAGGAGCGGAGGAGGACGCUGACACCGCUGGCCCUGCGCGAGAGAUACAGCCUGCUCAGUGAGGGCACUUUGGGUUCCGUCAGCAGCACGGAGAAGGACAGGAGUGACCUGAAAAUGGCUGUCAUCGCGGAGCACCUGGGGCUCAGCUGGGCAGAGCUGGCUCGGGAGCUUCAGUUUGGUGUGGACGACAUCAACGGGAUCCGGGUUGAGAACCCCAACAACUUGCUUGAGCAAAGCGUGGCCCUGCUGAACCUGUGGACCAGCCGUGGCGGCGAGAAUGCCACCAUGGAGAACCUCUACACGGCCCUGCGCAACAUCGACCGCAGCGAGAUCAUCAACAUGCUGGAAAGCUCCACGCGGCAGAGCCGGAGCCUGAAGGGCGACAAGCGUUACGCGCACCGGGACUACUCCCUGUCGCCCUCCCAGAUGAAUGGUUACGCUUCGCUGCAGGACGAGCUGCUCUCCCCCGCCUCCCUGCAUUACGCACUGCCCUCCCCGCUGCGCGCCGACCAGUACUGGAGCGAGGUGACCAUCAUGGACGCCAUCCCCAUGGCCGCCACAGAGCAGGACGCCCUCAUGGAGAUGUCGGACAUGCAGGUGUGGUCUUCGGGGCUGACGCCCUCGCUGGUGACUGCCGAAGACUCCUCCCUGGAGUGCAGCAAGGCCGAGGACUCGGACGCCACGAGCGAAGGCCGCUUCCCGGGGCAGCUCCCGGGGGACGUGCACGGCCCGGACCCACUGGGCUCCAUGGACCUGGUCGAGGACGACACAGUGGACUCAGACGCCAUGAAUGGCCUCAUGGACUUGCUGGACCAGGAGGAAGGCCAGCAGAGGGCCCAGGCCCGUGGCUCGGAGUCGCCCGCCGUCGGCCGCGGCUCGGACAAGGGCAAGGACAGACUAGGCGACUGGGCAGCGGAGAGGUCCUUCAUCUCCAGUCUGUCGGACCUGCCCAAGCGGCCGCCACUCGGCUCCCCGCCUCUGCUGCAGCAAGCCGUGCCCUGCAAGGCGCGUGGCCGGGAACGGGAGCGGCUGGAGCACACGCGGAUCGAUUCCUCGGAGGAGCGGCAGAGCCCUCCGCCACACCGGGGCUGGGGCCUCCAGGCGGGGAGGGAGCAGGGCCUGGCCCGGUGGCUGGAGGAAGCCGGCAGCAACUUCUUUGGACACACACAGGGUAACGAGGCGCUGGCCAUCCCGGGGGAGCAGGUGACCGAGGAGCAGUUCACGGAUGAGCAGGGCAACAUCAUCACAAAGAAGAUCAUCAGGAAGGUGGUGCGGCGGCUGGACGCGGACGGCACGGGAGACGGGCGGCCACAUGAGGAGGUGACUAUCGCGGGCUCCCUGCCAACGCUGCAUGGGCUGGAGGCCAAGUCGGACGGCUUUCUGACAUACGCCGCUUGGCAGCAGGAGAGUACGAGCAGCAAGGAGGAGGUGGAAGGGAGUGCCCCGAGAUCGGAGCUGCUUGGGGGCAGGAUGGGUGCUCAGAUAGUGAAGCGAGCCAGCCUGAAAAGGGGGAAGCAGUGACACCCCAGCCCCCUCCGAGUGACCUCUUGGGAGGGCCUCACCUCGACACCAACCCACUGACCUCCGCCCCUCCGUGCCCCCACCGGGCCAGGCGAGUGGAGCUGCGAGCUCACCAGGGCAGGGCCAGCGCUCCAAGAUUCUUUAGUUAAUGGCAUGAUUUCCGUAAGAGACAUAACUUUGCUGUCGUAUUCGCAUGACCAACCGACUGCAGACGCAUGAACAGCCGUUCUUCUUCCCGUCGCCAAGCCUGGACCAGGACACCGAGGAGCGGACAAGCUGCGGAAGGGCGUGGGGGUGCCCUUCCCAAGCCCCCUUCUCGACGUGGUGCCUCGGCCCCGGGGAAGGAGCGGGCCCCACAGAGCUCGCCUGCCCCCCCCCACCCCUGCUCGGCCCUCCCACUGGCUCCGUGCUUGGCUGGGCCGUGCCCCCUCGCCACGCCUGGCGUGGGCUCCCCGCCCGUCCACUCGGCCUGGGAGGCGGGCGCAGCGGAGGGCUGCCCGGGGGCCUGGCUGCCCCUCUGUUCUCGCGGAAAGCCCAGCCUGGACAGUUGCUCAAACCUUGUGU